AUGAGAAUAGCGGGGCAAAGCAAGACCAAAACUACGAAUAACGCGGGGAAGAGCAAGACCAAUACUACGAGUAUAGCUGGACAGAGCAAGACCAAGACUAUGAAGCGGGCAGAGCAAGACCAAUAUUACGAGUAUAGCGGGACAGAGCAAGACCAAGACUAUGAGUACAGCGGAGUGGAGCAAAACCAAUACUACGAUUAUUGCGAAGUAUGGCAAGAGCAAGACUAUGAGAAUAGCGGGGCAGAGCAAGACCAACUCUAUGAGUACAGCGGAGUGGAGCAAAACCAAUACUACGAUUAUUGCGAAGUAUGGCAAGAGCAAGACUAUGAGAAUAGCGGGGCAGAGCAAGACCAAGACUACGAGUAUAUGGGGGUAGAGCAAGACCAAGACUACGAGUAUAUGGGGGUAGAGCAAGACCAAGACUACGAGAAUAGCGGGGCAGAGCAAGACCAAGACUACGAGUAUAUGGGGGUAGAGCAAGACCAAGACUACGAGUAUUGCGAAGUAGAGCAAGAGCAAGACUACGAGAAUAGCGGGGCAGAGCAAGACCAAGACUACGAGUAUAUGGGGGUAGAGCAAGACCAAGACUACGAGUAUAUGGGGGUAGAGCAAGACCAAGACUACGAGUAUAGCGGGGCAGAGCAAGACCAAGACUACGAGUAUAGCGGGGCAGAGCAAGACCAAGACUACGAGUAUAGCGGGGCAGAGCAAGACCAAUAUUACGAGUAUAGCGGGGCAGAGCAAGACCAAUAUUACGAGUAUAGCGGGACAGAGCAAGACCAAGACUACGAGUAUAUGGGGAGCAAGACCAAGACUACGAGUAUAGCGGGACAGCAAGACCAAGACUACGAGUAUAGCGGGGCAGAGCAAGACCAAGACUACGAGUAUAGCAGGGCAGAGCGAGACCAAUAUUACGAGUAUAGCGGGACAGAGCAAGACCAAGACUAUGAGUAUAGCGGAGUGGAGCAAGACCAAUACUACGAGUAUAGCGAGGCAGAGGAAGACCAAGACUACGAGUAUAGCGAGGCAGAGCAAGACCAAUACUACGAGUAUAGCGGGGCAGAGAAAGACCAAUAUUACGAGUAUAGGGAGGCAGAGCAAGACAAAGACUACGAGUAUAGCGGAGUGGAGCAAGACCAAUACUACGAGAAUAGCGGGGCAGAGCAAGACCAAGACUACGAGUAUAGCGGGGCAGAGCAAGACCAAGACUACGAGUAUAGCGGGGCAGAGCAAGACCAAGACUACGAGUAUAGCGAGGCAGAGCAAGACCAAGACUACGAGUAUAGCGGGGUAGAGCAAAACCAAGACUACGAGUAUAACGGAGUAAAGCAAGACCAAGACUAUUAG